UCUCCCUUUUGCUAGUGUUUUAUCGUAUACUGUCUUCUUCGAGCCAAUGGUUGAAGGGUUGUCAUUGAUGUUCCUCCUUGUUUCACUUUUAUUCGUCUCACGAGUAACGUCAAGAAACUUUACUAUCGAAAACAAAUGCGACUAUACUGUCUGGCCGGGAGUUUCAACCGCAAGUACUGUUCCGCUCUCCACUACCGGCUUUGAACUCAAGAAAGGAGAGGCGCGUGUCAUCAACGCGCCGACGUCAUGGAAUGGUCGUUUCUGGGGUAGGUCUCUUUGCUCCACCAGCUCAACAGGGAACUUCUCCUGCGCCACCGGAGAUUGUGGCUCCGGAAAAAUCGAGUGCUCUGGAGGCGCAGCGCCUCCAACGACUCUAGCUGAAUUUUCCCUAAACGGUCCCAACGGUCAAGACAUCUAUGACGUAAGCCUCGUGGACGGAUACAACCUUCCUUUAGUGGUGGUCCCACAACGUCCGCAGAGUGGCCAAACAUGCAUCACCAUUGGUUGCGUGGUCAACCUGACCGAGACGUGUCCGUCGGAGCUUCAGGUUAUGGGAAACUCCAGCGAGGAAGAGCCAAUUGCUUGCAUGAACGCUUGUCAGAAAUUCAAAACAGCGGAAUUCUGCUGCACCGGCGAGUACUCUACGCGUCAGAAAUGUCCACCGUCGCUUUACGCAAAGAAUUUCAAGAACGAAUGUCCACUCGCUUAUAGCUAUGUUUAUGAUGAUGCAACCAACACAUUCACAUGCUCAAGCUCACCUAAUUACGUCAUCACCUUUUGCCCGCCGAUUACUUCGAACACCACCAACAACAACAGGAGCUCAGCGGCUGAUCCUCCAUUCCCAGCUCAACCUUCCAAGGAAACUAAUGGAGGAACAAAACAAAAAUCAGCAUGGAAAUUAAAACUCAUACUUGGAGUCUUAGCAGCUUUAACUGUGAUGAUAAUUAUUGUGGUCGUGAUAAUAAUGAAAACAAAGAAUAGGACAAAGAGUGAUUGGGAUGACCAAAACGUUGAAGCAGUUGUAAUGUUGAAAAGAUAUAGUUACAAAAGAGUCAAGAGGAUGACAAACUCAUUUGCGCAUGUUCUUGGGAAAGGAGGAUUUGGAACCGUCUACAAAGGAAAGUUACCUGAUAGCGGUCGGGAUGUUGCAGUGAAGAUCUUGAAGGAGACAGAGGGGAAUGGGGAAGAGUUUAUCAAUGAAGUAGCUAGCAUGAGUAGAACAUCUCAUGUCAAUAUCGUUUCUUUGCUUGGAUUCUGUUAUGAAAGGAACAAGAGAGCUAUAGUCUAUGAGUUCAUGCCUAAUGGAUCCCUCGACAAGUAUAUUUCUGAUAAUAUGUCAACCAAGUUGGAUUGGGAAAAAUUAUAUGACAUUGCGCUAGGUAUCUCUCGCGGCCUAGAGUAUUUACACAAUCGCUGUGUCACAAGGAUUGUACAUUUCGACAUAAAGCCGCAGAACAUACUGAUGGACGAUCAUCUUUGCCCUAAGAUUUCGGAUUUUGGUCUUGCUAAACUAUGCAAGAAUAAGGAAGUAAGCAUAAUUUCAAUGCUAGAUGCCAGAGGGACAGCGGGAUAUAUUGCCCCUGAAGUAUUUUCCAAGAAUUUUGGGGGAGCUUCGCAUAAGUCAGAUGUGUAUAGUUAUGGGAUGGUGAUUCUUGAGAUGAUUGGAGCAAGGAAUAUAAACAUGGUUAAAAAUGCUCGUUCCACUAAUAGUUCAGUGUACUUUCCAGAUUGGAUCUAUAAGGAUUUUGAGCAAGGAGAAAUUAUGAGGAUUUUGGGAGAUCAGAUAACCAAAGAAGAAGAGAAAAUUGCGAAGAAAAUGGUAUUGGUUGGUUUGUGGUGCAUUCAGACGAAUCCAUCUGACCGUCCACCAAUGAUCAAAGUCAUUGAAAUGUUAGAGGGGAAUCUAGAGGCUCUCGAAGUUCCACCUAAACCUCUCUUGUAUUUACCCGCAGCAACGGUUCCAGAAACUCUUGAAGAUAGUAAUGAGACUACAAGCUUCUCUAAUCCAACUCAGUUUGAAAGAGGUACUCCAUCAGCUAGCUAGUGAAGAUGUUUUACACUUUUCCAAAUAAGUGAUUCAACAAACUGUUGAAGAGAGUCAAUUUAGGUCAAGGUCCUCCUAAACUAAAGUCAACGAAAGAGUGGAUCUCUUAAAACUUAUCAAGAUCUUUUCUAGGAUGAUCCCAAUACGGGGUUUUUUUCGAUUACUUCUCUAGGAUGGACUCCUUUCUUGUAUAUUCGCUCAUCUAUCCAUAGAACAGCUGAUGUUUUGCAUAUGAUGAUGUCUUCGACACACAGUCCGUACGACAUGGAUUGACAAAGUGUCUCCACUCGCUGAAUCCUUGUAUGAGAAUUUUAUAUAUUGAAGAAAAUAAAUUUGUAAGUUAAAGUCUAAAAUGUUAACAAGAUCAUUCUCAAGGACUUGUAAGAAAAUUAAAGUCUUCUAAA